UAAAUUUAAAAUGGCUGAUCAGCAUAAUAUCAGACAGGAUAUAGGUACAGGUUCAGAAGAACAGACUAAAGGCAGCCCUACUUCAGAAAUCUCUACAACUUAUUAUAUUGAUGUUUUAACCACAAUGCCAGAUUCAGAAGAGAAGGAACUUUUCAGGAACAUCAAAAUAAUGACUGAUCCUCAGGGGAAUAUUCUCGUAUCGUCAGUGUGCCAAGAACUUAAAGAUCAAGGUAUUGAUGUCACUGGAAUGGGAGUCUCUUACUAUUCCCUCGCUGAUAAAUUUUAUGUCUUUGUUGGAAAGGAUCCGAUUACACCUGAGAAAGAUGGAAUAUCUGUACAAAAUUUGUGGGGAAAGCGGCUCACUCUAAAAUUCAGAAGGAUGAAAUGAACUACAAUUGCGCAUACUUCUACUCAGACGAUUAUUGACUGCCAAAAUUCAACUAUUGACAAUAACGAAAACAAGUCACCUCAGAUUAGUGAAAGUAUAAAUAACACAGCUCUCAAACAAGAUUCAGAGGAAGCUUCUUCUCAUCACCCAGUGGCUGAGGAACCUCUGAUUUCUAUUAAAACCCAAGCUAUAAAACAAGAGGCUUCUGAGACAGAAAUGGCUUUAGAUGAUCCUGCUUCAGAAGAAUCCAAAUCCUCACUUCAAUAUUCCAGAGAAAGAGAGCGUACCAUCAGAUUUGUCAUUGAGAAAACUUCUACUUGGAAAAGCCUGUGCAAUGGAGUUGAAAGAAAGAAUGGAACAAUCAAGAAAUAUAGCUUAUAGUAGAAGCAUCCAAAAAGGUAGGCCUUAGCCGUAAAACCCUUGUCGGCUACCUCCUGCUCCUCCGCCAAGGCAAAACUCACAACUUCGACUUCGUAAAACACAUCGAUGCUAGAAUAGGUAUCCUCAGGUCCUUCGUCAACAUCAAUAUCCAGUCUUAACCCAUUCCUACUC